GGCGAAAUCCCCUGUUCCCCUCCGCCGGGGACAGAGCAUUCGAGCCUCCGUCGCCGCCUUCCCCGAGGCAAUUCCGACCGACUGCCGCCCCAAGCCGAGCCUGUACGAGAUUCUGAAGGUCUCUCCCACGGCGUCGUUUGGGGAGAUCAAAGCCGCGUACAGGGCGCUCGCCAAGAUUCAUCAUCCAGAUCAGGCACGCUCCGGCGACGACGACGGCGGUCGCGAGUUCAUGGAGAUUCGCGACGCUUACGAGAGGCUCUCGAUCCGGCUGUGAGGGCGCUGUAUGAUUUAUCUUUGGGGAGGAGGAGAAUGCCGGUCGGGUCUUCCGGCGGGUAUUAUCCGACCCGGAGAUGGGAGACGGAUCAGUGCUGGUAG